GUGCUUUUGCAGUUCUGCAGAUCGAUCGUUUGGAACGAGCGCAAGCGAAGGAGGCGCGCCGGUUGAAGAUGGAUUUUCAAGGUCUUUUAUCGUACGCGCUCGCCUACGGAUUACCGGCAAUCGGUGCUUAUCUUAUCUACCACUGGUGGAACCGCACUUUGCACGGUUAUUUUCGGCACCGUGGGGUGCCUUUCGUGGAACCGUAUCCUCUGUUUGGUAUAUUGUGGCCAUUCUUUACCGGAAAAAUGCACGUAAAUGAUGCCAUCGGACAAGGCUAUCAUCAGUUUCCGGAGGCACGAUUUUCUGGUCAUUUUACCUUUCACGUGCCCGGUUACUUGAUUCACGAUCCGAAGCUGGUUAAGCGGAUAACGGGGACGGAUUUUGAUCACUUCACAGACCGGGCUAACAACAUUACACCGGAGGUUGACCCACUGCUAGGUCGAGCCUUGGUCUUUAUGAACAAUCCACACUGGAAACCCGGGAGGACGGCAUUAAGUCCGGCCUUUACCGGUAGCAAAAUGCGUAAUAUGUUCACUUUACUAUCGAGUUACACAUCUGCCGCAAUGCAGAGGUUAGUGAAGGAUGCUGAUGGUGGGACGCUGGAGCGGGAGAUGCGAGACCUGUUUCAGAGAUUUGGCAAUGACGUAAUGACAUCGAUUUCCUUCGGAGUCGAGAUCGAUUCUGUUCAUGAUCCCGAUAAUGAGUUUCUGUUGAAAGGCAAAUGUCUAAGCUCAACUAGUGGACUGCACGGGUUCAAGUUGUUCGUAAUGACCUUGUUGCCACCGAAGUUUUUGACGACAUUCGGCAUUAGAAUCAUGCCAAAAGAUGUGACCGAUUUCUACCGAAAAAUCGUAUCGGACACCAUAAAGUAUCGGGAAGAGAACCACAUUCACAGACCAGAUUUUAUUCAUCUGCUUAUGCUGGCACGGAAGAAUGAGCUUAGCAAAGAUGCAUCUGAUGAAAAACUUGGCAAUGCCGGGUUCUCUACGGUAGAAGAACAUUUGCAAACAUCGACUAAUGAACAGCAAAAAUGGAGUGAUUUAGACAUCACGGCAGCAGCUACUUCCUUCUUUUUCGGCGGUAUCGAAACCACAACAACAUUGCUCUGCUUUACCCUCUACGAGCUGUCACUUAAUUUGGAAAUUCAGGAAAAACUUCGAGCAGAAAUCGACUCAAUCCAUCAGAAUCUGGAUAGUGAAACGCUCACCUACGAAUGCAUUCAGGAGAUGAAAUUCCUGGACAUGGUGGUCACCGAAACGUUACGCAAAUGGCCUCCGUUCGGGGCGCUGAAUCGAAAGUGUACCAAAGAGUAUGCGAUGGAGAAUUCCGACGGCACCAAGGUCACCAUCACGAAGGGUCAAAUCAUUACCUUUUCCAUACAAGCCAUUCAUCGGGAUGCUCGCUACUAUCCGGAUCCGAUGCGAUUCGAUCCGGAGCGAUUUGCGGAACGCAAUCGGCACCAGCUAAAUCCGGAUGCUUUUCUACCGUUCGGUAGUGGACCUAGAAACUGUAUCGGCUCGAGGUUGGCACUAAUGCAAGCCAAAUGCUUUCUGUACUAUUUGUUGGUACACUUUAGCGUGGAGCUUUCAGGUCGGACUGAUGUGCCUAUUGAACUGGACAAGCGAGCGAUUGGCAUGAACGCGAAGAAUGGGUUUUGGUUUCGGUUGACUCCUCGUUCGAGGGAGAAUUUAAGGUGAAAUUCAUGAAUUUUACGAGAUAUUAUAGAAU